AUGGCCCAAUGGGCCCCAGCCCCUGCCUCCCCCACCAAUCACGGGGCUGAUUUGCAUGCCCUGUUGUGGUCCAGUAGCCUCCCCGGCCCAUGCCUGAAGCACCUGGGGCACACCCAACAGAACAUCCCGCCUGCCUCACUGCUGCUGGCCAUGGCCUGGUGGCGCCUGGCCCUCCUUCUGAUUGGAGCCCUCCUGGCAGUCUCCCAGCCAGUACUGACCCAGCCAGAUGCACUGCUGGUGUUCCCAGGCCAAGUGGUCCAAAUCUCCUGCAUGCUCAACCCCCGCCACGCCAACAUCGGGGACUACGGCGUGUCCUGGUACCAGCAGCGGGCGGGAAGCGCCCCCCGCUACCUCCUCUACUACCGCUCCAAGGAGGAUCACCACCGGUCCCCAGACAUCCCGGACCGCUUCUCAGCAGCCACAGACGCAGCCCAAAAUGCCUGCAUCUUGAUCAUCAGCCCCGUGCAGCCCGAGGACGAUGCAGAUUAUUACUGCUCUGUUGGUUACAUAUCCUAGGGGUGGGGUGUGGGGUGAAUGCCUCCUGUCUCCCACUUCUGUCUCUGACCUGAGGCCGCUCUCUAACUUUCUCUGUGCCUUGAUUUUCCUCCUCUGUAAAAUGGGCUAAUAAUAUCCAACAUGUCAA